UUCUAUCUCUUGUUAGCUGAUCUUACCAGGUGGAAUUAUAGAUUUUAUUUAAUCAUGAUCGCUGCUGUAGGAGUUAGACAUUUUAACAGCAAGAAAAGAGGUGCAUGGGAUUUGUUAUAUGUGCAAACAUUGUGCGUGCUCAUUGAGGAAAGCUCUUGAAUAUUUCCUUUAUGCAGAUUGAACACAUUUAUGGUGAUAACAACACCUCUGCUCAGGGAGAUGAGGGUUUAACAUGGAAUGACUGCAGAUUAAUGUCUGAUUAUAUCAUUGAUCAUAUUUAUUCAGUCCAAAUACUUAUUGUCGGUAACAAAGUUAAUCAUGUAAAACUCUAAUUAUUUUUAAAAAAUCUUCUGACUGAAAAAUUUAGAUUUUUGAAAUCUUAAGUCAUUUUCCCGAUCUACCUUUUAAGUGUGCCCCUGAGUAAUCUAGAGUGUGGAUUACUUUUCCCUGGUUGAUUUCUACAGUAAAGACAUGUUCAGAGUUCAUUUUUUCUCGUCAACAGACUAUUUCCUUUUUUCAGCUGUCGUCACAGACUCUUGCAGGUUAAACUGGACCAAACAAACUGUUAAAGGCUGAUUAACAGCGAAAUACUUGCUUUAGACCAGGGGGUCAACCAGUCCAGCACAAGGAGCCAAAAAAAAACAAAAAACACAGUUUUCAAAACACAGGCAUGUUCCUUUCAAUAAGUCUCCUUUUAUAGAUUUCUUUUUAGAGUUAGUGUUUCCAAUAGGAUUUGGUGGGUGGAUUUCAGACCCCUCUAGGGGGCUCUGGGGGCAUCCUCCCCUGGAAGAAAAUUUUGUACAUCCAUCAAUCUGGUGAACUUCGACAGCAAUUUAGGAGGUUAGAUCUAUAAUAACUUGACGCUCUUGUAAACAAUUGUGUGCUAUAGUAAAGAAUUUAGCCAUAAACAUACAGAUUGUAAGGAUAUAAAUGGUGGUGAUCAUCAUUAAUAUCCUUACAAUCUGUGAGUUGUAUGGACACUGGCGACCCCACCCACAUACCAUUACAAAAAAGAUGAAAAUAUCAUUCUUUGCAGAAAACAAUAACAGCACAGAACAAUUAACUGUAAAAUGAACAUAAAUAGUGAACUUGAUGCCUGUAGGAAUUUUGAGUAAAAGUAGUAACUUGUAUAAAAAUAUGAGCAGAUUAUUUCCUGAGGAUAUUGUAAUUAAUCAGAUGAGUUGCCCACAUGUUUUUUUAGACCAUAAUUCUCUCUGUAUUAUGAUUUUCAUGUAAUUUCCACUAUCAUACAUGUUUUGUGUUCUUCAAAGAAAUUAGGUUAAUGUUCAGACAUGUACUCUAUAUACAAAGUACAUGUCAAUCACGACAAAAACAGCUUAUUCUAUGGUUCAGGGAUCACUGUACUGAGUGGAGCUUCACUGAACUUUGAAUAAACAGGUGAACAGCUCUUUGAGCAGCAGCGGCUUCACAGCUCUAAUGACUGAGUCCUGCAAGUCUUCAGCCCACAGCCAGUCUUUACUCGCUGUGGCUAAAUUACUGCAGGUUUCUUUUGCAAUAACAACACAGCGGAGGGAUCAGUUUGUUAUUCACGUGAGCACAUAGGGAGCACUGCGCCGCACAGUAGCAAAAAAAUAGCCGUUGUCCACCCCGGCUACAGACAGACUUCAAAACACUUGCUAGCCUAGCAAUAUAAAAUGCUACCCACAAUGCAAUGAUCUGUUUAAUUCCGUAAUUAAGCUCAAACUUCUCCAUUAGAGAUGAAUAUCUGUUGGUUGUAAGGAAUAAACGCAGUUUUUACGGUAUUCGCUUUCUCCAGAGCUGAACUUUCAGGACAGUUUCCUGUUAGUUCAGAUUGAUGCUCUGCAAUAUCACUUUGACCACAGAAGUCUUAUAAAGGAUGGGAACUUCUGGUUGACGGAUUUCCGUCGUAGCGUAAUUUUUUUUUGCUUUAAUCCCUGCCUUAAAUAGCCUCAAAGAAAACUCAAACUAGAGUUUUACAUGAUUGACUUUGUAACCGACACUAAGUAUUUUGAAUAAAUAUGAUCCAUUAUAUAAUCGGAAAACUUAAAUCCUUGGGCUAUGUCAGAUAGCCAAGGGGGUAUGUUUUCUAGGAGGGUCUGCUUGGAAAAAUCAACAACCAGAGGACCUGCUGCCUGAGGUUCUGAUGUUGAAACUAAAUCAAUACUGACACAUCAGUAACUGACACAGUCUGUGACAAGAAAGUCAAACUAUCCCCUAACUACACCUAAAGGACAAGGGACACUCCGUUGAAGACGAAUGUACAUAUUUUGGACAGGGAAGACAGAUGGUUUGAAAAGAGUGAAGGAAGGCAUCCAUAUCAAAAUACAGAAACCUCCCCUCAACAGAGGAGGAGGCCUGAGACACCAUCUUUCUGCCACUUUCAGUGCUGUCCUUUCACCUCUUCCCAGGAGACUUAACGGCCGUUCACAUUUAUCCUCAUGUAAAACAACAGUGUGUAAACAUGACUGCAGGGGACUCCAAGAUGUUCGUAUUGACUAUUGUUAUACAAUGUACAAGAACUGUUGUUCCAACAGCCUGGAGCACUUCCUGCACUCCACAGAGGUUAAAUACCUGCAUUAACCAAAACUUAGUUGGAACUGAAGAAGCCUCUUGAAUGAGAAAAUGAAUCAUCUUCAAGAAACUACAACCAAGUCCAGUUGCUCCUGAUAAAACUGACGACCCAGGAUUAACAGACUUUUUCCUCACCUAAUAGUCAGCUAGCUAAAGGAUUCAGCUCCUCUCAUUGGUUUGUGCUGCACAAAGGAGUUAUCUAAUUCAGCAAAAGUUCUUGUGUGGACAAACAAUAUCCAGCAGAAUACGAUGAGCCUGAUCUACUGCUGCGGUACUUUGGUCCUGCUCCUUCUCAUUCCAAGAGUCUGUCAAGCUGGAAACAUCUUGGUUGUUCCCGUGGAAGGCAGCCACUGGUUAAACAUGGAUAUUCUACUUAAAGCUCUGCACUCAAGAGGACACAAUAUAACCAUCCUGCGUACUAGCAGAAGCUGGUACAUUCCAUACAACUCCUCUGAUUACAGCAUUGUCACAGUCCAAACGGAGAAGAGCUUGGAUCAGGAAUUCAUCACAAAUGCUGUAUCUCUGUGCAUUGAAUAUGAGAGGGGCACUAUUUCCUUACCAACUUUUCUUCACAUGAAGGUAGUAUUGUUUGGCCUAGCAAUUAAAAUUCACGAAACAGUGGGUGAAUUUGUAUCGAAAACUAUAGAUGACCAAGAGUUGGUGAGAAACCUGAAAGACAGCAAGUUUGACCUGUUACUCACUGAACCCUGCUUGGGAGGUGGAGUCAUUUUGGCCAAAUAUUUUAACCUUCCUUUGGUUUUCAACGUUCAGCUCAUGCUAGGUUCAGAAGCUCAUGCUGUUAUUGCUCCUUCACCUAUAUCAUAUGUUCCCAUGACAGGAUCUGGCAACACUGAUAAAAUGAACAUUUUACAAAGAGUUAAAAACAUGGGCAUCUAUCUCUUAACCCAAACACAAUACCACUUGGUGGUUAAGCAAACUUACCAGAGGAUAUGUGACAAAUAUCUUGGGCCUGAUAUUGAAUAUCACCAGUUGGUGCUGAACGCAGACAUUUGGUUGAUGAGAACUGACUUUGUGUUUGAGUAUCCACGUCCAACUAUGCCUAAUGUUGUGUACAUGGGAGGGUUCCACUGUAGACCUGCAAAACCACUUCCUGAACACUUGGAGGAGUUUGUGCAGAGCUCUGGCGACCAUGGAGUCAUCAUCAUGUCUCUGGGGACUUUUGUGAGUCAACUUCCUGCUGACAUGACAAACGAAAUCGCUGCAGCUUUUGCCAAAUUACCUCAGAAAGUCAUCUGGAGGCAUAAAGGUGACAGACCAGCCACUCUGGGCAACAACACUUUACUAGUGGACUGGAUGCCACAGAAUGACCUCCUGGGACAUCCAAAGAUUAAACUGUUUGUGGCUCAUGGAGGAACCAAUGGAGUCCAAGAAGCUAUUUAUCAUGGAGUCCCAGUAGUGGGUCUACCUUUGUUCUUUGACCAGUACGACAACCUGCUCCGCCUGAAAGAGAGAGGAGGGGCUAAAAUUCUUACAUUAGCCACAGUGGACGCAGAGAACUUCCUGGAGAAUGUACAAGAAGUCCUGAAUGAGCCCUCCUACAGGAUGAACAUGCAGAGACUCUCCUGGCUGCACAGAGAUCAGCCAACAACACCACUGGAUAAAGCCCUCUUCUGGAUAGAGUUCGUCAUGAGGCACAAAGGUGCAGCUCAUCUGAGAACAGAAUCCUACAGACUGCCCUGGUAUUCCUACCACUCUGUAGAUGUAGUGUUGUUCCUGGUUGGAGCAGUGCUACUUGUGCUCUUAUUUAUUUUCAUCUUGAUGAGGUGUUUAUACGCGGCACUGUGUAAAUCUAAAGUGAAACGAGACUAAUUCAGG